CGUUUCAUCUGUUACAACUGUCUGUUUACUUAACCAGUGCUUUGUUCUGCUGUUCUACGAUACCAAUACCGACGCAUUGCCUCAGUUGCAGAGAAACAUUUCAGUAAGUAACGCCUUCAGCGAGAGCACUCCAGCCUACUGACAGGCAGAGGUUUAGGUUUUUGUGCUAGACGUGUAAUCCCAUUAUGUCUUGCAGUGUGGUGCUGUGCGUGGGCGGAACACAUUCCCAUUCGAGCUUCCAGUAGCAGUGCGGAUGUGACAGUCUGCUGAAGCUACUCCAGACAAAUCUCGUUCCAUUCAGAAGUCGGCGUGCAGGGAUUUACGGGAGCUACAGUGUGUGGUGAAACCGCGAGCGGUCGCCAGAGAGAAGAUAAAGGCGUGUUACGCAGCUGGAGAAUCAGUGACGGACUUACCAUCGCCCGAUAAAAAGAGCAGUUCCCGAGGAAACGCGCCACUCGAGUUGAGAGUGUGCGUCCCAUUGAAUGUCGAUAUCGCUGAUGACGUCGCUUCUGCAGUGGUAACCUCUCCGGUCGUCAGUGCUGGCGGCAGCGAUAAUGUUCUGUACGGGCUGGCAAACUCGAAGGCGGGAGUGAACCAUCGGUGGUACACACUAAAACUAGUGGACUGGUUUGGAAGUUCUGUAUUGCCAGCGCCAGUUGAGAAUGAGUGCUUAAGAAAAUAGACGGCUGGGUGCACUUGCAGUGGACUGUCGCUGUAAACACAGCUUGGUGAUACUGGCGUCUCGUAGUGACACUAUCUUUGUGCUGUUUGGGUUCUUGCGACUGUGUGAAAUUAAGCAAUUGAAGGAAGUGGUGUGUCUUCAGUGAUGACCGCGAUUUUGCGCAUUUCACGAUAUUGACGUGUAGAACACGUUAGAAUUUGUGUGGCGUCUGAGUGCAUCUGUGUAUUAGACGUGUGUAGAGUUAUGAUAAAGUGCCCAAGUUACAUCUGGUCUCGCCUCAUUGUGACAGUCUUACUCAUAUUGUGGUGAGUGAGUGCUGGUCACGACGCCAAUCACAUCUAGACAAGCCAUGUGGAGUGUACUGUAGUCGCAUCUGGUGGACCUGAUUCUUCAGAGACAUACAGCGGUCGCAUUGAGGACCUCACCCACUUAGGAUACAGUGCCAGAUGGUUCCCAUCUGGACCAGCAUCGUCGACGUUACCUUGGUCGCAUCUACACUCAUCUCCUCGAGCCUGUCGUGGUCACUAUCGGGACCCCUUUUGCUCGAGUACCAGUAGCUACGUCGAUCGCAUCUGCGACAGCCUUGUAGACACUGCUGUUGGCGCAUCUGGAAUCGCCUCGUCUCGUGGAGCCUGUCGUUGGGAGAAUCCCCUCUCCCCCCCUCCCCUUCCCGGUGAUCGAGUGGCAGUUGUUAUCCAUCUGGACCAGCUUCGCCGACCCUCCCCUGCUGGAUUGGGGACCCCCCUGUGCUGGAGAGUCGGCGGCAACAGAGAGCUAUGGCGCCCAACCUGGAGGAGCGUUCGCUGGUGCUGCCCCGCGGCCAGCGCUCGGGAGGGGCGGCCGCCUGGCACCAGAUGGCGGACACGGCGGUGGUGCGGUCUCGGCGCGAGCACCUGGCCGUCAAGGAGGCGCUGACCGCCUCCCAAGGCAUCGCCCCCGGCCCAGACCUGCCGCCCGCCGCCGCCCCCGCGCCUGCCGCCGGCAACCUGCGCACCUUUCUCAGGAAGCUCCGACAGGCCAUACGCAAAGAUGGCAGCAAGGUGACUACAGUAGUAGCAACCCCUGGCCAGGGUCCCGACAGACCACAGGAAGUGUCCUAUACGGACACAAAAGUCAUUGGGAAUGGCAGCUUUGGUGUUGUCUAUCAGGCCAAGCUAUGUGAUACAGGAGAGAUGGUGGCCAUCAAGAAGGUGCUCCAGGAUAAAAGGUUCAAGAAUCGGGAGUUGCAAAUUAUGCGGCGCCUGGAACAUUGUAACAUAGUGAAACUGAAGUACUUCUUCUAUUCGAGUGGUGACAAGAAAGAUGAAGUUUACUUGAAUCUUGUACUGGAGUAUAUACCAGAGACUGUGUACAAAGUUGCAAGGCAUUACAGUAAAUCUAAGCAAACUAUACCUACUAGUUUUAUUAAGUUGUACAUGUACCAACUGUUUCGAAGCUUGGCGUACAUUCACUCAUUAGGCAUCUGCCAUCGGGAUAUAAAACCUCAGAACUUGUUGCUGGACCCGGAGACAGGUGUUCUCAAACUGUGUGACUUUGGCAGUGCCAAGAAUCUGGUAAAGGGUGAGCCAAAUGUGUCGUACAUCUGCUCACGCUAUUACCGUGCUCCGGAGCUCAUAUUUGGGGCCAUUGACUACACCACCAAAAUAGAUGUAUGGAGUGCUGGAUGCGUGUUGGCAGAAUUGCUCCUGGGUCAGCCCAUAUUCCCAGGUGAUUCUGGCGUCGACCAGUUGGUUGAAAUCAUAAAGGUGCUCGGAACACCGACACGUGAACAGAUACGUGAGAUGAACCCUAACUACACAGAGUUCAAAUUUCCGCAGAUAAAGUCUCACCCGUGGCAGAAGGUAUUCCGUGCGCGCACUCCACCAGAGGCAAUCGAUUUGGUGUCACGUCUUCUGGAGUAUACACCGUCGUCGCGUACAUCACCGCUGCAGGCAUGUGCUCACACUUUCUUUGAUGAGCUCCGGGAGCCUAACACUCGGCUUCCCAAUGGCCGUGAGUUACCACCGCUGUUCAAUUUCACAGAGCAUGAGCUAAGCAUCCAGCCAUCUCUGAACCCCAUCCUCAUCCCGCGCCACAUACAGGAAGCGGGUGGAGCGAGCGGUGCCGUGUCAGACGCCACGGCGGGUGCCAACCCAGGCAGUGGGGGAGCUGUUGGCACGGGGAGUAGUGUAACCGAAGGUGCCGGCAGCUCCGGAGGGGCGGGCAACGACGCUGGAGGUGUCGGAGCCGGCGCUCCGAGCAGCGGGGGCGGCGGAUCUGCGGCGACGGCCGCUUCGACGAGCAUGGCCUAGGUGCUUGUUUGCCUUUCGUGAGGGUGAGGUUGAGGGCAGUUGGCAGAGGUGUGAACAGACCACGUAAGGAGGCACUGGAACGCGGAGAAGGGUGAGGAGGGAGAAGAGGAACAGCUGCUACAGGGCGUAGUCGUGGGCAUUUGUCCAGAUAUUUUAUUUCAUUUUAUAAUUAUUACCUUUUUUACUUUUUGUUUCUAAGAAUAUUUCAUCUCCUGCUGUAGUCUUUGGAUCUUAUGAUUGUUACUAACUUUUUUUAAAAAAAUGUUGGCAUUUUACUGUAAAUGAAAAGUACCUGCUGAAUGGAAUGUAUAAUUAGCCUUUCAAAAACUUGGCAUUAGAUAUGUGUAAGAAAAUUGAUUUAUCGGUUGGCUUAUUGAAGUCAUGUAUGUGAUUGUUUUAAUUAGGCAGGAAAUGUUUUAGAUACCAGUGCCACUCUGCUGGACUACAGUCAGUUUCCUUUUUUUAAAAAAAAAAAGAUGCGAGGAGAUAGUGUAUAUACUAGUGUGGCAGUUGCCAUCCUUUUUAUGGCCAUGGCAUUAUAUUUAACCAGUGUACAAAUAUUGAUGCUAAUUGGUCAAUUUAUUUAGCAAUAUUUGUCCUGAUGUCUGUUUAAUUUAUAUAAUUUAUGGUUAAAUGAUGCACAUGUAUAAUUUGAUCUCACUGGGGAACAGUGACUUGGAAAACUGAACAGUUUGACAAAAUUUGAAUAAAUAUUGUUUGUAUCCUGGGCUGCUUUGAUCGUGAUUUAAAUUUAUACAAGAUGAUGAAGAAUUGUACUUUUAUAUGGGUCUAACAUUGACAGAAUAAAUGCAGUUGCUAUGACAUUAUUUUGUAAAUUUUUCCUUUAGCAGUUGUUUUUGAUAUUGAUCAGAGGAAUUGUGUAUUUUCUGUGAUGAAUAAGAUUUUUCUUGGUCUUAUUUGUAGAUGGUAAGGAAUGUACAUAUUGAUUCAUUCUCAACUGCCAUCGGCAUACUGUUUUCACUGUAUCGAAGCUAUUCUUUAAUUGUGCCAUGUGAUUUCAAUGUUGCAGCUUAUAUUGCUUGGAGAUCUUGUUAAAGAGUUUGAGUGUUGCUGGAUUGAGGUUGCUGUCACGAUUAGCAUCCAGAGUGAAAUUGUAGUGUCACAGUAUCAGAAUUCCCACAGUUUCCUGUGGUACCGUGUUUCAUAAGUACAAAACUUAGCCUAACUGAUGUGGGAAUUGUUUAUCGUUAUUAUCCUGAGAGUUUGUUCGGUUCGAUUUGCCGCUGUUCCUGAGCUAGGUGGCGACUCCGAUAGCAGCUCUUCGUGGAGUAGUGGCUUGCAGCAGUUUGAUUUUGGAUUUUACUUUUCUCUUCCUGCCGUUCUGCACUUCUGUGACUUUUCCUCGUGUGUGUCUUAAGGGCUGAGUCGGCGAGAGAGUACCACUAAAGAGGAACGACAUAGUACUAUAUCUCCUGCUUCAUUAGAGACUGCUGUUAAUAUAAAUAUUUAAAAAAAAUGAACUCCACGCAAAGAUCUUCCGUGUAGGAAGUUUGUCCCAGAAGCCGUGUGUUUUCGUGCUAUUAGAUGUAAAUGAAUAUUAUCGGAAAAGAAUUUAAAUAGCCACAGUUAAUUAUGCAGAAGUAGUCAUGAUAAGUCACGUCAGAUUCAGAUGCUUGUAUAGUUGACUAAGGAUUUUUUUCUUGUUUCCUCGUGUAUAAAUAUAAUAAAAGUAUGUAAUGUUAAACAGUUAUGAGUUUAAAGUGAUAAGUAAUAACAAAAAAAAUAGAAGCAGAAUUUCUUAAUAUUACGCAAGGGAAAGGGGAUGCCUUCAUUUUGUAGGUGGAAGACCAUCACUUUUCCAGGCAGAUGUGUUUAAGGUUGAUGAGUUCCAAUUCUAUAAAUGCUGUAUUUGAAAAUAAGACUGUAGUAUUUAUGUGUGAUGGUACAAGUAACGUGCACUUCUUCAAAGGUCGAACACCAUAAAUGUGCCAUCUGUGAUACCUUACAGCUUGAACUGUUGUAUAACCUACUUUCCUUUGUGUAAUGAGUUUAGUACCAAACAGACAAAAAAUAAAAAGAAAUGCAAUGGAAUGGCAAAUGUAAUAACAAUCUGUAGACGCGCAGUCAUAUCCUAAUAAGUGUGACAAAGUUACACAUUGUUUGGCCACUCACAAUGAGAAACUUUCUGUCAGUACUUCUGUGUGUGCAUAUUUGACACUGCAUAUUGUUGCAUGUAUAAAUAUUGUGAUAUUUUGAGAAAAAAGGAAACCUCUGUGAAAUUUAACACAGUGAUUUGAGAAAGAACCAAUAAAUCGUUUUAUACCCACAUAAUAGUUGUUAUUUGGCAUUGUUUUGGAGUUGUCUACUAGUCUUAUGUAAAGCAUCUUUUGCUUGUUUCUCUGUCAACACAGGCUUGCAUGAAUGAUUCUUUUUUUUAUUUUGUAAGCAAAUGAAUAUAUAUUCUACAUGUAAAUAUUCCUGUUUUGUGGACUUGUUGUGAGUGGUUUACUAAAAAUAGACGUUGUAGGGGACUGAUAUCCUAUCGGUAUCUUCAGAUACAUUUGUCAUGAGAAUGAAGGUUUUAUUGGAGAGGUAUAUAUAAUAUAUACAUAUAUAUAUAUAUAUAAAUAGAAAAUAAUUAUAAUUCCUUUAUGUAACAUAAAAGUUUUAAAUAGUAACAGAUUUUUUUGAGACUUACUUGUGUAUCUGUUUUUCCCAGAAAUGUACAUCAUAAAAAUAAUUUUAUGAACAAUA